UUAUAUCCAAUUUGGGAGAUUGGUCCCAACCUGCCAAAUGGGAUAUAAUACCAUGUUUCGGAUAAAUUAACCCAUAUGGGAUAUAAAUUUGAAGUGCUUGAAUUAAAAUGAAAACCUCCUGCCACCAGUACCAGGGAAAAAAUCUUGGAUGCGGCAUGCCUGAUAUUCAAGAGCUAAGAUCAUUUAAUUAAUAAAGGGGGAAUGUGAUGUUUCUACAGUUAAGCGGGGGGCUGGUAUACCUAUAUGACUCCAACUUCUCAAUAUUUCAAUCUUUUCAAGUUUGAGGAUUGACGGGAGGUACCUAUGUGAAAGCCAGACCAAGUCUAUUGAUGGCUAUGGACACAUUUAUUUGCGGGUCAUGCCAGAUGACCUUCAAUGACAUUGAACAGUUUGUCAUUCAUAAAAAGGACUGCAAUGUCAACCUUCUGGCUGCGUCCUGUCAGCAGGAACCACAGGGAGAGGGCCAGGAUGAGGGGCAGGUGGUGGUGGCCUCCACAGAUUCCAAUGCAGAAAACCAGCUAAUGGCAUUCCCAGAAGGAAGCCGUGUGAUCUCUACAGAGAUGGUGGAUGCCCUGACAGGAGAGCAGCAGACAGUUAUUAUCAUCCAAUCAGCUCAGGGAGCUGAAGUUCAAGGGUCAAUGCCAGGGGUCUCCCUCACACCACAAACUCCAGCAACAGGGAAAAAAAGAGGAAGACCAAAAAAGGAUAAAUCAGAGGUUUCAACUUCUGCAGUAAAAGUUGAAAGAGUUGAAAAACCUUCAAUUCCAGAUAUGGGGGCUGAUGGGAAACUUUACUGUAAGGCAUGUAAGAAGUCAUUCCACAAGGAGAGGUUUUUCAAGACACAUAAAUGCAUGCCAACAACUGACUAUGUGGACAUCACCAAGAAAAGUGUCCUCACUGUAGAAUAUGGGGAAAAUGAGGAAGCAGCAUCAGAUGAUGAGGAGGAAGAACUGGACAAUGAUGAAGACAAGGACUUCAAGGUCAGUGAUUACAAAAUUAAGGAUGUAGAAGAGGAGGAGGAUGAAAUAGAAGAGGAAGAGGAAGAUGAUGAAACAGAAGGCCCUCCAAAGAAAAAGAGGAGAUCGUACAAACUGCGUAUGGAUGCUGAUGGUGAAGAAAGGGGAGCUAGGCCAACAGAUCAGAUAGGAGAUGUGCCCAUCUUUAAAACAGAGGCUGAAAAGUCACAGUUUGAGCAGAGUUUGAAUGUGGAUUUGAGUUUUGUGGACAACAUGUUUAGGCAGCACAUGAUUGAGCAGGAUUUAAAUGACAAGGCGACUGUGGCAUCUCGGAUGACCACAAACACACUGAAUCUCUACUCUUGUAAUACAUGUGAUAAGAUCUUUAAGACAUUGUCUCAUAUGAGAUUGCAUUGUCUGACUCACACAGAUGCAAAACCUUUCAAAUGUCCAAAAUGUCCCUACAGUAGCAAUGGGAAAGGCAACCUGUACACCCACAUGAGGAAGCAUACAGGACAGUUUUUCCGAUGCAAGGUCUGUGAUUUCAAAUCUGUGAACAAAAGUCAUGUAUUGGAGCAUGAGGCAGUCCAUAGUAAUGUCAGACACCAGUGUGACAUAUGUAAAAAGGACUACAACACCCUCAAGUCCCUCAUCAAUCAUAUCAGAAAGUACCACAAAAACUCGGGAAGGGGUGAUGAGUACCUGUCCUCAUUCCUCCAGGGAGGUCGCCAAAGGGGUGCUACUGUCAUUCAUCAGUGCCAUGUGUGUAACAGAAAAUUCAAGAAGAAGAUUGACAGAGACCGUCACCUGUAUGUACACGAUAUAAAAGACAUUCCAACCAUCCAGAUGUGUAGCCUCUGUGACUAUACAGCCAGCAGAAAGGUUUACCUGGAGAAACAUUUUCAGAAGCACAGGGUGAUUUACAAAUGUGUGAAGUGUGAGGACAAGUUUCUCAGCACCAUCCGCCUGAUUGAUCAUCUUACCACCUCGCAUAUACAAGAUGAUGAAACCACAAAAUGGGAGAGCAUGUUUGAAGAAUGCAUAAAUAACAGCUUGUAUUUACCUGAGCCGGAUGAGAUGUUGAGCUCGGCUGAGAAGGAGUUUGUCAGUCUGCCAGCGGAGCUAUCUCAAACAAAUCUUGAAGGAAAGGCCAGAGUUGAAGUGGAACAGAUGCCAGAGGAGACCGCAGGGGCCAUUGAAGCAAUGAAGUCUGAGCAAAAAACAAUUCAGGAAGAAAAUCUCCAAAUGAAUGAGAUAGAUGCCAAUUCCCAGAGCAAGAAUAAUGAGAUGAAAUCUGAGGACUCUGAGACUAAUGAAGAUGGGAAUGACAAAGAAGAAACAAAGGAUGGGCUAUCAAAUGAAACCAAUGACCAUGCUGAUGAUCUACCUUCCACAGAAGUUGAUAAUACAGUAUCUGAGAACAUUCCUCUUGGGGAGAAUGAAGAUAUGAGGACCAUUUCAAGAAAAGAUGACCAGGUAUUAUCUUCAACUGACCAACCUGGUUCAACCCCAGAAGAGGAAGAUGAGGAAAAUGAAGAGGGAAGUCCCAAAGAAGACAAAGUGGAUUCUGCUGACCUCAUUAAAACGCUGGGAUAUCGCCCUCUUACUCUGCAGAUCUUUCACAAGAUGAGGGAGACUUUUGGUCAUGAAGAAUGUGAAUAUUGUGGAAAGUUGUAUUACAACAAGAUAGACUAUGAUCAGCACAUCAGAACACACACUGGAGACAACCCUUACCCUUGCUCUAUAUGUGGUUUCCGUGCCUUAACUAGAGACGGUCUCCAGUCCCAUAAAGCCAAAGAACAUGAGAAGAUGUCAUUCCCUUGUAAGGAGUGUAGUUUCACGGCUAACAGCCGAUCACAGCUGUGGAAUCAUAGCCUUGUCCACUCAGGGUUUGGAGAAGACAUGGGCAUUGAGUGUCCUGAAUGUCAACAGAAAAUUGGCAGUUGGUCAUUGUUUAAAGAGCAUGUGAAUGAGGUUCAUCCAGAUAGCAAAAACAAAGAACUUGUCAAAUUACACAUCUAUGCUGGGUAUGAGACCUCUCCCAAACACAAAGUGCAGGGCAAAAUAGGCCGACGAAGCUACAAGUGCCCUUACUGUGAUAAAAUGUUCAUUCGAGCAAACUCAGAGCUCCAGAAACACAUUUGGAUCCAUGAGGGAGUAAAGCCAUUUAAAUGCCCCCUCUGCCCACAUGCCUGUAGGAGCAAGAACAACCUGCAGGCUCACAUGUUGAGGCAUUCCAAUGAGAAACCCUAUACCUGCUCCGAAUGUAACAAAGCUUAUAAAUCUAAAACAGCUCUUCGCUGGCAUGUGCGAUCCCACAAGGCAGGGAGACUUUUCAAAUGUACAAAGUGUCCUUAUGAGGCCACACAAGCGGCCCAUCUGAGACGCCACAUGGAGAUCCACAAUGUCAUCAAGAAGUACGCCUGCCAGCACUGCAGCUACACAGCCAACACUCUGAGCUACCUGAAAGUUCACCACACCAGGAGCCACAAGGGGCUGCCCUACAAAAAUGUGGAUGUGCCCGUGGUGGAGGAGACAGGCAUGGGUUCUUCUGGUGCAUCCCAGGUUUACAGAUGUUUGAGUUGUGAUUACCUGUUUGGAAACCUGACUGAUCUAAAAAGACAUUUAAAAAUUCGGCAUCAUUUGACUCUUACCAAUUUUGUUGGAUUAGAUGGGGAGAAAGGAAUAUCCAAUCUAUCAGAACAGCAAAUGACCUAUUCUGAGGAGAAUGUUCCUGAUGGCAUCAUAACAGAGGAGGGUCAGGAGGGGUCAGUCCCAGUAAUCAGUUCAGUCCAAACUAUUGAUGCCACAUCAACUGAUGUUAACUCUUCACAUUUGGAUGAGAAAACCGCAUCAGCUGUUAAUAUUUUGCAACAGAUUUUUGGAAUGUCACAACAGAGCUCAGGAGGACAACAGCAGUUUACUAUUCAGUCAGAAACAGGGGAGGUAAUGACUGUCAAUCCAGAGACCAUCAUUGUACAGGAGGGAGAUGAGCAGGUGCUGGUGACAGACGGGAACCAGCCAGAGGGCGGGCACCAGCAAUACGUAAUUCAGUACGUCAACCAAGAGCAGAUGGAAAACUCCAUGGUGGAGAUUCAGACCAUUCAAGAUGUGCAGCAUUUCCAGACCAUUGAACAAGAGAUCAUUCAGUCUAUGGAUACGCAUUCUCUUGGAGACAAUGUUGUGGAACAGCAGAUUGUGCAGAGUUGAUGAUUCAUUAUUUUGGACACUUGUACACCAUUGGAAAAAACUGUAGAAAAUUCAUUUGAGAAAAAAUCAAAAUUUUACAUUUUAUUGGUAGUGUAUAUACACAUAUGUAAAUUUACAUUUUGAUUAAUUGUUUAGAAUUUCUGGGAGUUUUUAAAUGUACUUUUGCAAUUUAUUUAUUCUUUCAUUGAGAAGUGAUCUACAUGUAGCAAGCCUUAUUGACAUGAACAAGCUAGCAAUAUUGGUUUAUUCAAAGUACCUUGAAUACAUGAGCAGUAGGGCGGUGGUAGCGAUUCAUUUCUUUGGAGUUACAGCUUACAGUAAAGAAUGGAUCAGAUUUCUCAAAGCAUUAUAUUUAUUGUAUUUUUAUUGAUACUUAAUUAAAUUAUACAUGCAUGUUAACUUUGUUAAUAAAUGACUUUUGGGAA